AUAAAAUCUCCCCACUUUCACAAUAUUUCCUAGAAGUGCUAAAGUGUCAAAAAUAUCUUCCAAACCAAAACAAAAGCUGUCAUAACAUCCCGAAUCAACAAACAGCACUAGAGGUGGCAAUCAGAUUAUCCGGUUCUAGUCGAGUCGGGUUAGUUUUAUCAGGUCAAAAUACACGCACAGAAUAACGACGAAAUUUGUUAGAUCAUCCGAUUUUAGUCGAGUCGGAAUAGUUUUGUCAGGUCUAGAUACACGCGCAGAAUAACGACGAAAUUCGUCAGAUUGUUCGGUUCUAGUCGAGUCGGGUUAGUUAUGUCAGACACGGGCACAUAAAAACGACGAAAUUCGUUAUCUGCAGACUGCAAUACUGAGAGGCAGGCAGAGAGUUUUACCUCAUCAUCUCCAAACCCCACUUUCUCUCCUCCUUUGACGUCCCAUCCUAAUUCCCUAUAUUAUCACAUACAUACCCACCAACCAAUCAACUGUUCCAAACUUUAAGGAGAUAGAAAAUCAAAGGAAGAAGAAGAUGGAUCAUGCAGCAGAUGCUAGGUGCACGGACUUGAUGACCAUAACACGGUACGUGUUGAAUGAGCAGACUAAACAUCCCGAGUCUCAAGGCGAUUUCACCAUUCUUCUCAGUCACAUUGUUCUUGGUUGCAAAUACGUUUGCUCUGCUGUUAACAAGGCUGGUCUUGCCAAGCUCCUAGGACUUGCAGGAGAAACUAAUGUUCAGGGUGAAGAGCAAAAGAAGCUAGAUGUGCUCUCAAAUGAAGUUUUUGUCAAUGCCUUAACAAGUAGUGGCCGAACUUGCAUUCUUGUUUCCGAGGAGGAUGAAGAGGCAACAUUCGUUGAGCCAGCUCUACGUGGAAAGUAUUGUGUUGUAUUUGAUCCUCUGGAUGGAUCUUCCAACAUCGAUUGUGGUGUUUCAAUUGGCACAAUCUUUGGGAUUUACAUGGUCAAAGAUUUCAAAAAUGUAACUCUUGAUGAGGUCCUGCAACCUGGAAAGCAUAUGGUGGCAGCAGGUUAUUGCAUGUAUGGGAGCUCUUGCACGCUUGUAUUGAGCACUGGAAGCGGUGUCAAUGGUUUCACUCUAGACCCAUCUCUUGGAGAGUAUAUUCUAACUCAUCCAAACAUCAAGAUCCCAAAGAGAGGUAAGAUUUAUUCAGUGAAUGAAGGCAAUGCAAAGAAUUGGGAUGGCCCAACAACGAAGUUUGUAGAAAAAUGUAAGUUCCCCACUGAUGGUUCUUCGCCAAAGUCUCUCAGAUACAUUGGAAGUAUGGUAGCCGAUGUUCAUCGCACUUUACUUUAUGGUGGCAUCUUUAUGUACCCCGGUGAUAAGAAGAGCCCUGAUGGAAAACUACGAGUUCUCUACGAGGUCUUUCCAAUGUCAUUCUUAAUGGAACAAGCAGGCGGACAAGCUUUUACAGGCAAAGAGCGGGCACUUGACUUGAUCCCAAAGAAGAUCCACGAGCGCUCGCCGGUAUUUCUUGGAAGCUAUGAUGAUGUUGAAGACAUCAAAGCCCUGUAUGCUGCAGCAGCAAAGAAUGCUUGAGCUUCAGCAUUUGUUGGAUCCACCUGAAAUCGCUUCUAUCGGAUCCAAAGUUGCAAUUCCUACAUUAUACAGUGGUUACAAGCAAACUAUGUGCAAGUAUAUAUAUGCCCCAUAAAUGUGCAUAACGUAGGAAUAUUGUACAUUUGUGUGAGCACUGAUCAAUUGUCAAACAACUACUGAGUAUAUUUCAUACUUAAUGCCAAUGCUAAAUUGAAAUCUUGCAAAUCACCUUCUUUUCA